CUCAGAGCUAGUUUCCCGGAUGCAGUUUUGUCGCCAUAUUUAGUCGCCGGUAGGAUACGAGGAUUUUAGGCUGCUUUUACUCUGCGCCCGUCUUCACAAACACACAGCGUCUUUUACCGUCGGUUUUCCACCUCCUCCGGUCCCCGGCAACAUGGCAGACCGAGAGCACUUGGUUUACCAGGCUAAGCUAGCAGAACAAGCCGAGAGAUACGACGAUCUUAGGAUGAUUAUUCUCUGUGUUUCAGAAAUGGUGGAGUCCAUGAAGAGCGUCGCAGGAAAGGACACAGAGCUGACCGUAGAGGAGAGAAACCUGUUAUCGGUGGCGUAUAAGAACGUGAUCGGCGCUCGACGAGCCUCCUGGAGGAUCAUCAGCAGCAUCGAGCAGAAAGAGGAGAGCAAGGGAGGAGAGGGCAAGCUCAAGAUGAUCCGGGAAUACAGACAAGCGGUUGAGAAUGAGCUGAAAUCUGUUUGCAGUGACAUACUGGAUGUCCUGGACAAACACCUCAUUCCUGCUGCCAACACGGGAGAAUCCAAAGUCUUCUACUACAAAAUGAAGGGCGACUACCACCGGUACCUAGCAGAGUUUGCCACAGGUAAUGACAGGAAGGAAGCAGCGGAGAACAGUCUGGUGGCGUAUAAAGCUGCCAGUGACAUCGCCAUGAUUGAGCUCCCGCCCACACAUCCCAUCCGGCUCGGACUCGCUCUCAACUUCUCUGUCUUCUACUACGAGAUCCUGAACUCCCCCGACCGAGCCUGCAGGUUGGCGAAGGCAGCGUUUGACGAUGCGAUCGCGGAGCUGGACACGCUGAGUGAGGACAGUUACAAGGACUCGACGCUCAUCAUGCAGCUGUUGCGGGACAACCUGACGCUCUGGACCUCAGACACACAGGGAGACGGUGAAGAACAAAAUAAACCUGCGCUGCAAGAUGCUGAGGAGGAGAAGCAGUGAGAUGUGAUCGCCAACACGCUUAACCCCCUUCUCUCUCUCUCUCUCUCUCUCUCUCUCUGUCAUAGAGAAGAGUUCAGAUGAUGAAUUUAUCACUUUAUCUGUCUGUCUGUCUUUCCUCUCGCUCCUUUGCUCUUAACCUAUCUGACCAUCUGCACUAGUUUGGAAUAAUUUAGACUUUUAAAUGUUUUAGAACUGAGUCUCUUCUGCUCAACAAGGCGGCGCUUAUUUGUUAAAAAUACAGUAAAAACAGUGCAAUAUUAUUAGUUUAAAACAGCUGUUUUCUAAGUGAAUGUUGUAUAAUGUCAUGCAUUCCUGUGAUGCAGCGCUGUAUUUUCAGCAUCAUUCCUCCAGUCUUCAGUGUCACCAGAUCUUCAGAAAUCACUUGAUUAUGAUGAUAUGCUGCUCAGUUAUUAUUGAUGGGGAAUUACUGGUGCUCAAGGGCACGCUAAAAUGAUCAAAAAUGAUCUUACAUAUAUUUAGAUUAUAUAUAUAUAUAUAUAUAUAUAUAUAUAUAUAUAUAUAUAUAUAUAUAUAUAUAUAUAUAUAUGCUGAAGACUGGAGUAAUGAUCCUGAAAAUACAGAUUUGAUCACAGGAAUAAAUGACUUUUUUUAGUGUAUUCAAAUAGAAAACAAUUUGUAAAAUUUCAUAUCACUGCACUUACUGAGCAGAAGAGACGUCUUCUUCCACAAACAAACACAAUUAUUCCAGACUCUUGACCGGUAGUGUAUAUUUUUAGGAGGUUUUAGGGUUUUAUUGAAUUAUUAUUUUUUUGAUCCUAAGUGUUUUUUAAUUAACUGUUGACUUCGAUGUUCUGUGAAUAUAAGAGACCAGAAUGGAGAGUUUCCUCUGGAAGGUUUGGUUUUGUUACCGGUUACAAAACCCUUGAGAAUCACACUUUUAUUACACAAGUUUGCAUUUGCAUAUUUCUUGAUCAGUGUUGUUCUGUCGGUCAUUGAGCUCAAUGCUCGUUACUGGAGGUGUUUCUUUUGAUUUUCAAGCGGUUUAUUGUAAAUUCACCCUCACAGACGUUUCUUUAAAAGAUAAGUGUUUUUUGUUGUUGUUGGUCAGCAGGUUGUGUGUGUGUGUGGUAGUGUGUGAUGUGGUCUGUGACAACGGGUCAAUAACUAUAAUGCUUUGCAAGCUUUUAGGAAAUGAAUGCAACCCUCGCCUCCUCGUUAUUCAGAGGCUGCUGCUGCAGAGAUGUUGCUACAGAGCCGUAAAUAAAGAAGGAAGAUCCGAUGCAAAACAAGCGCGAUGCAUUAGUUUUCCUUCAGAUGAUUAUGAAGUGAAACUCUAGUUUGGGAUGUUGGUGACACUUUACAAUAAGGUUUUAAUAGUUAAUAUUGGCACAAGUUAACAAUGAACAAUACUUAAACAUUUGCAUUUAGUCUUUAAUCGUAGUUGAGUUUUAACACUUACUAAUGCAUUUAAAAUCAGGUUAUAGUUAACGUGCUGAAAUAAACAUGAAUAAACAAUUGUUUAAAAAAGCUAUCAAAUUUGAUUACACUAUUUUAAAGUGUUUGUGUUACACUGUUAUUAUGCAAUUAAGCUCGGUGUUAUUAAUUAACAUGUAUUUACUAUCAAAUGUAAGGUUAGUGGCUUGUAAUCAUGCACAGUACUAUUAUUGCGUACGGUAUUGUGCAUCAAGGAGACCGUAAAGUUAAGCAAGUUUAUAAAUAUUCUGCUGAUUUCUAGUUCAUGUUAGGUAAUACAUUAAUGUUAACAAAUCCGACUUUGUGAAGUGUUACCAGGAUUUGUUUGUGUUUCUUCUCUGGGUCUGACUCUUUCUCUCUUCUGUCAGCAUCCUCAUGUAUUUCUUCUGUUUCUUCAGUACGUGUAACUUGAAUCUGAUUUAUACUGCUGUUCGUUCUGCCUGAAGCCAACAAGCACCUGGAAACACCGCAUGGGAUCCACUCCACCUUUCAGAUAAACCAAGACUAAAUAAAUGAACUAAUAAAACACUAUCUUUACCUUUC